CGGUUCUCCUUUGAUAUGAUCAGAGCAACGGGAGCGCGAUACGAUCGCUCCGGCUUUUCGCGAUCGCGUGUUGUGUAGAAACAGGAAGGAAAGGAUAGAAAAUCGCAACAAACAUGGCUGAACUUUGCAUUGCUUGUGAUGCAGACUUGCUGUGCAGUUUCCUCUCCGACGCAUAGGCACCCGAGGAGGGACGGAUGGCCGUAAAAAUAGAUUUUGCAUCUAACUUGGCUGAUGCGUGAACCCUGGCGAAAAAAUUCUACUCUAAGCUUAGGCACUGACGUAGUUGACUGUGUGUUAAUUACCGGCCAUUCGAGUAUACAAAAAAUCCGCCUUCAGAUAAUAAUUAACCAACCGACGACAGCCAGAGUUACCGUCCUCGCCAGCAGUCGACGCUCGGAAUGGAUUUUUUGCUGGGAGGCUGCGCGGCAACCUGUGCCGGUGUUUUCAGCAAUCCGUUCGAUGUGAUCAAAACCCGGCAACAACUGCAAGGUGAGCUGGUAGAUGCGGCAGAGCUUCAGCGAAAUCCGUACCGUUCGAUCCCGAAGUCGAUCGAAUCGAUCUUGAAAGCCGAAGGCUUAGCCGGGUUACAGAAAGGCCUUGUUUCGGCGUUGGCAUUCCAGUUCACGAUGAACAGUAUUCGGCUAGGGAUCUAUCAGAGUGCGGAGGACUACGAGUGGACCCGUGGCAACAGUAAAUUCGGCACUCUAAUAUACUCGAUCUUCUGGGGUGGACUAAGCGGCGUGAUUGGAGCCACUGUGGCUUGUCCACUAUACAUGGUAAAGACACAGAUUCAGGCUACUUCGCACGGUAAGUACGCCGUAGGGUUCCAGCACAAUCACACCGGGACCUUAGCCGCCCUGAGUGGGAUCUACCGGGCGAACGGAGUACGGGGACUGUGGCGAGGCUACCCGGGCAUCGUGACCCGGACAGCCAUUGGUUCAUCCGCACAGCUGGCGACUUUCUCAACGUUCAAAGAGUUUUUUGUGCAGUUCGAACUGUUUCAGCAGUCGGUAGCAUUCACCGCUUUUGCCGCCAGUAUGUUUAGUGGAUUCUUCUGCUGUGUAUUCAUGUCACCGUUUGAUGUGAUUGCUACGAGAUUAUUUAACCAAGGAGUGGACGGACGCGGCAAGGGCAUGCUCUAUACGAGCGUAUGGGACUGCUUCCAGAAAACACUGCGCGCCGAGGGUCUGCACGGUUUGUACAAGGGCUUCGUACCAAACUAUUGGCGCAUUGCACCGCACACCAUCCUGAAUUUGACCUUCUGGGAUCAGUUCAAAAGCUGGAAGGACCUGUACUACUAAGCUUGUGUGUUGCACUGAUUUUUUUAAAACUAUGUAUUAGCCUAAAGCGAGAAAAAAUAACAGAACAGAAAGAAUUUCAGCAAAGUGAUAUUAUUCAAACAGUUGUUUAAAGCUAACGAAUAAAAUGUUAAAAUGUUAAGUUAGUCGAACUCAAAACCGAACGAAAUAUAUGACGUACAUUUGCUUUUGUUAA